AAUCGGUUGCUCUGGCAACGACAGCUGCCAAAACAAAAAAAAUAAUCCGAAAAUACAAAGUUACGCGUUUCAAAAGCAUGAAAAUUGUAUUCAAAAACUAUAUUCAAUUUGUGUGCUGUUGGCAAAGGUGCUAAAUUGAUGGCGGAAGUGCACAUAAUAGGACAACUAUUGAAAGCUGUUGAAUUCGAAGAGCCACAUUUGUACUGCAAGUGGAGUUUACAGAGUGGUAACACCUGGCGCUUGGUGCAGGGCGAGGUGCAGGGUCAGACGCACGUUUCCAGCCAUCGCCUGCAGAACAGCUCAGACUUCGCUCAGCCCAUCGACAUUCAUCUGAGCACCGCCUCCCUGCAGGGCUGGCCACGCCUACUCGUCGAAGUGUACGCCGUCAACGUCCUGCAGCAGUGCUGGCCCGUCGGCUACGGCUUUGCCCACCUGCCGGCUAGACCGGGCCCGCAUCGCCUGGAGAUAAACACCUGGCGGAUAGCUCCAAGCACCUGGUGGCAGUGCGUAAAGGAGAAAUUCGGAGGCGGCAGCCCAGCUUUGCAUAAAAGCGAUUUACUUUACUCGGGCGUAGAGCGCUACAAACUGCAAACGCGCAGCUCUGGCAAAAUAAUUGUGGAACUCAAUUUAAUAUUUCGCAGAUUUGAGGAAUACGGCGUGGAAUUUAAAUAAUAAACAUGUUCCACUUGAA